AUGGGUUCAAAGGCGCCAUUGUUUACAGUUGUGGAGGACAUUGAAGGGAACUUGGAGCGUUUGCAGGAGUUUGAAAAGGGCACAGAGUUGGACCCAGAGUUGGACCCAGGGUACAAUGCUGCUGAUCUGCUGCCAACUACUUUCAGCUCAAGUGAGGACUCAGAAAUGGAUUCUGAUUGUGAUGCUGAUGCGGAACUGGAUCUGUUGGAAGAUGAUGACAAUACAGCAAAUGAAACUUUGGAAGCCGUCCCUGCUGGUGAAGAGAAGUCAGAAGACGUAUGCUCAUUCCGUGGGCGUCCAAGUUCCUGCGUCUUUGUUGCAAGUCUUGCAGCUGCGUUGUCAGAUGAUGAGCUAUCGGCUUCAGUUACUAAGCAUUUCGAAAAGUGGGGUACCUUGGCUUUGAUAAAGGUUCUUCGGGAUCCAUCCAACAGGCCAUAUGCAUUUGUUCAAUACACUAAUGAUGCAGAUGCAAAAAGAGCACUCAAAGAGGCACAACAUACAAUACUUAACGGUAGAACAAUCCGCUGUGAGCCGGCAAAAGUUAAUCGUACAUUGUACAUUGCUACUUCCAACGACACUGAAAUCAGCUCCAAAGAGGUGAUGGAUAUGCUUGGAAAGUACGGCGAGAUUGAACAAGUUAUAGGUGAUAAUGACUCAAACUACAAAAAAUCCAACUUUAAUAGAGCUUGGUUUUGUCAGUUUGCAUAUAGAGAUGAUGCUAUUAGAGCUUAUGCAAACCUCAGAUUGAGCCCAAACUGGAUCGUCGAAUGGGCCCAGAAUAUUGAACAUCCUUCUGAUGGACAAGGUGAGCCUUCUGUUGAGAUUGACAAGUGUUCCAUCUUUGUUGGCCAGUUGGAUGGGAAGGUUACCAAAGAGUUAUUGGCUGAAAGAUUCUCGAAUCAUGGCAAGGUUGCCGAUAUUGUUCUUGUUUUGAGAGCUGGCAACAAUUUUGCAUUUAUCAGGUUUGAAACAGAGCAAGCUGCUGCUGCUGCAGUUGAGAGAGAGAACCAUGCAGUUUUCAUGGAUAAGACUAUGCAUGUCCAAUAUCGUGAGCUUCACCACAAAAAGUCCCGCUUCUCUUCCCAGUCUACGAGAUUGAAUUUAGCACCUCCUCCUGUAAACUUGCCUGUCAGAAGAUCCAGUACAGGUUCCGGAUACUUCAAAGGUCCAAUGGGACACUUUACACACAUGGGAGGCUCUGGAUAUCAUCGUUCAUACUCAACCUCAUCAUUUGGAUCGAAGGGAAAGUUUUCUGGUAGCCGUUCUCUAUCACUCGCAGGAGAGAGAACAUCUCAUACUCCAAAAUUCUUUGCAGGUGCACCACCUUUUGAGCCAGAGUUUGCAGGUCGUAUGUAUGCCACCUCUGCAAAGUUUGAUGAUAACUCAUACUCAUCAACUGAAAAGCAUACACCAGUAUCAUCACCAAGCAAUCAAACAAUGAACUCCUCUUCGCAUGGAGAGGCAAAAUCAGUGUUCACAGCUACUUCAAUUUCAGGUACUUCUGAGAAUCCAGACCAUUCAAGCACAAACUAUGCACCAAAGCAUCCUCACAGAAGAAGUAUGUCACAUAUGAUCCCAUCGCCAAGUUCUGCACAUAUGGUUCCUCCUCCAUACUAUUACUACGCGUAUCCUGAAGAUUGCAUGAUGCAACAAUACGAUGGAAAGUUACAGUCGUACGUUCCGUAUGUCCCUUUCCCAUACUAUCCAGAGAGCAGCUUUGUAGGGUACCCACCCCAAGCUCCAACAGGUCUGCUUCCUGGAAUGAUUCCACCAGGACCACCAUACAUGUAUUAUGGAAUUCCUCCAGUUGUUCCUAAUGCGGGCGAUGAUCAUGGAAAAACACAACCAUUGGAAACUCCCGCCCUUUCUAGCUCAAAACACGAAGAAGAACUCGAUUAUUGA